AUGAUCGUCGAUCGCCUGAGUAAUGAAGUUCCAUACUUUCGUCAAAGACGAAAUGCUCACGGAAGGUACGGGCUAUCUGCACUUCAAAAAUGUACUGCGGCUAUACGUAUGCUAGCAUAUGGUCAAUCGGGAGAUACGUAUGACGAAUAUCUCCGACUUGGUGAGAGUACCGCACUUUUAUGUUUGGAGAAGUUCAACGAAGCGAUAAUACAAUUGUUUGGAGAUGAGUAUCUACGAAAACCUACACCAGCUGAUCUUCAACGAUUACUCGAUAUCGGAGAGGUACGCGGAUUUCCGGGAAUGAUAGGCAGCAUCGACUGUAUGCAUUGGGAGUGGAAAAACUGCCCAAGGUCUUGGAGAGGACAGUACACACGAGGUCACGGAAAGCCGACUAUUGUCUUAGAGGCUGUGGCAUCACAUGAUCUUUGGAUAUGGCACGCAUUUUUCGGUUUACCAGGUACCCUCAACGAUAUUAAUGUUCUCGAUCGGUCACAAAUUUUUUCUUAUAUUAUACAAGGUCGAGCUCCUAAAGUUAAUUUUACGGUCAACGGCCACAAUUAUCGUAUGGCGUACUACCUUACAGACGGAAUCUAUCCGAAAUGGUCAACAUUUAUCCAAUCCAUCCCACUACCUCAAGGUCUUAAAGCUGAGCUUUUUGCUGAAAAACAAGAAUCCGCCAGAAAAGAUGUCGAACAUGCUUUCGGAGUUUUGCAAUCGAGGUUUGCAAUAGUAAAAAAUCCUGCUCUACUAUGGGACAAGGAAAAGAUUGGAAAGAUUAUGAGAACUUGUGUCAUACUACACAAUAUGAUAGUAGAGAACGAACGAAUCACAUAUACUAUGUCUGAUACAUCUGAGUUCGAGUCGGGAGAGUCAAGCAGGAGUUCACAGGUGGAAAUCUUGCAACCUACUGACUCCCCUUCCAACUUCGUUAAUAGGCAUGGCAUUCAAGAAUCGGCCACACUACUCCGUCUCCGCCAGGGUAUCCUCGCCGGUUCCAGUGCUUCUGAUUCAACUAAACGUCAAUUCCAUAAGGAUUGUCUCUCUGUCUUGCUAGGUCUGAUGAUGAUGUAUAUCGCUACCUUGAGCCUCUCUACAAUGACCACAAAGAAGUUGGCAAAAGCUAUCUGA